AUUCUAGUACAUUAAAACACUCCCUAAGCUUAACGCUCCAAGUUUAUUUUUCAACCGUCCAUGACCGCCAUGUCGGACUCGGACUACGGAGCAACCGGCUAUAUGAAUCAGCAACCGCCGGUGCGGCACGCCUCACACCUGUCACCGCACCAGUCGAAAGCUCUCCUGCGAAGAAUCUAAAACCAAAUCGGCGAGCCCCCAGUGGCGCCCACCGAAUGAGCGGGCGCUUGUGCAUAUAUGAGCUCUCGCUCCGGCAAAUCUUCCUCUUCUUGUCUUGUCCAGUGAGGUGAAGCUUGUAAAAUCGGACGUGAGCUACUGCUGCCCUGUCGUUAUUCUGCUCAAAGAUGCCUCCUCACGCGCCGCCGGCUGAUCAAAAGGCCUGGCCGAGGCAGAGACACGCGGAGAAGGCGGCGGGGGCGCCGGCACCGCGGGAGCCGCUCGUGCAGCGGCGGGCGUCGUUCCACGCGCGCUGCACGCCUGAGAAGGAGCAGCAGCGAGACCACCUGAUGAGACAGAAGCCCCGGACGCAUCCGGACCUGCUGGCCGGCGUCAGGGAGCGGGGCUUCCGGCGAGCGGGCGUCCACGGCGGCAACGCUACUGCCGCCGCCGUCCCGUGGGGCAGGAGGGCGGCGCCGAGCAAGGCGCUGGUGACCGUCGCCGUGCAUCGGAGCAUGUGGCCGCUGCACGUGAUGGCGAGGGCCGAGUGGCGCGUCGCGGACCUGGUCGCGGCCGCGGUGGAGCUCUACGUCAAGGAAGGACGGCGGCCGCCGCUGCCGUCCGCCGACCCCUCGGCGUUCGGGCUCCAUUACUCCCAGUUCAGCUUGGAAAGCUUGGACCCCGGGGAGAAGAUCAUGGAGCUUGGGAGCAGGAGCUUCUUCCUCUACCGCAGCAGUAGUUGCGGCUCGCUCUACGCGUCCAGCUAGCAACUGAAGCCGGCAAGGCCACGCCCACCUCUGCCGACAGGCCAAACAUGCUACCACCAAUCCACCAUGGUAGCUUUGUAGAAUACACUACUUGUCUUACGACCUCCGAUCCCUCUCUAGAUUCAUAGAUUGUGCAUACAUUUGUACUUGACCACCUUGCCAAAUUUAUUGAAUUAAUGAUCGAGCAGGUAGAUGCCUUGGUAUUCCUGCAUCCUUUUUUCCAAAAUUCAAAA